AUGAGGUAUUCCAAUAAACUUAUCUUGCUAACUUUACCAACAAUAGCUCUCAUUUUAGUUGGAGAGAGUCGCAUAACAAUACUUUCGAAAGAAGUGAAAGAAAAGAUGGAGAAACUACUCAACCAUAUCAAUAAACCUCGAAUCAAAAGUUUCCAAACUGAACAUGGUUAUAUUUUGGACUGCAUCGACAUUCGUAAACAACAAGCUUUUGAUCAUCCUUUGCUCAAGAACCAUUCUAUCAAGUUAAAGCCCACACGUAUACCUAAAUGGACAAAAUAUAACAACACUUCUCAUAAGCCUCGUUCUUUGCCCUUUGGACAAGAUGACAUAAAGUGUCCAGUUGGGACAGUCAUUGUCAAAAGGAUUACACUUGAAGAUCUUAUACAAGCUCAACAUUUGAAAUCCCUAAGACAAGUUUCUUCAAUGAACAAGAAAAUUGAUUUAACUGGUCAUCAUUUUGCCACAGUUAAGUACAAUGAUUACCACUAUGGAGCAAAAGGAAACAUUAACACAUGGAAUCCAUACGUCUCACCAGAUCAAUUUAGUCUUGCGGCUAUGACUAUUACAGAGAAGUUACAAAGCAUCUCUGCUGGAUGGAUUGUGUAUCCAGGGCUACAUCAGAAUCAGAGUUCCUUAUUCACAUACUGGACUGCGGAUGGAAAUAAAAUGACUCGUUGUUACAAUGCACUAUGUCCUGGGUUUGUGCAUGUGAGCACUAAAUAUGCAAUUGGAGUCCCUGCCAAACCAGUUUCCGUUUAUGGUGGUCGACAAUAUCAUCUAGAAGUCAGCAUAUACCAGGAUCAUGUCACAGGAGAUUGGUGGUUUUCGCUACGUGACGAGCCAAUUGGGUAUUGGCCAAGAUCAUUGUUUAAAUCCGAAGGUUUGGCUGAUGGAGCGAGUGCGGUGGUUUGGGGAGGAGAAGUUUAUAGUUCAGUGAAAGAGAAAAGCCCAAGCAUGGGAAGUGGACAUUUCCCACAAGAGGGUUUCAAGAAAGCAGCAUAUGUGAAUGGUUUAAAAGUAAUCACCGAUAUAACAAGAGUUGUUUCGAGUCCAACAGCUUCGUCUUUAAAGACAUCCGCAAACAGUCCUAACUGUUAUAACGUCAAGAAGAUAUUAGGUGUUGGUGAGUAUUGGUCAAGAGCUAUUCUAUUUGGAGGACCGGGAGGAUGCACAUUUUAGUUUUACUUGUUUUCUAAGAACUUUAUACAUUACAGAUAAAAACUCUGAUCUUAUAGGUAGAGAUUACAGACAAAUACAAUAAGAGAUUUUAUGGGUGUUUGCUUUAUACCUUACAACUUUUCUGUUUGCUUUA